AUGUCGAAAGGAAAGACCGGCAACAAGCGUUCUGCCCUCGCUGAGGUUGUGACCCGUGAGUACACUAUCCACCUCCACAAGAGAGUGUUCGGUGCCUCGUUCAAGAAGCGCACUCCCCGUGCCAUCAAGGCUGUCCGUGAGUUUGCUCAGAAGGAGAUGGGCACCAAGGAUGUCCGCAUCGACGCCCAGCUUAACAAGGCUCUGUGGGCCCGUGGUAUCAAGGCUGUUCCCCACCGCCUCCGCGUCCGUCUGGCCCGCCGCCGUAACGACGAGGAGAGCGCCGCUGAGAAGCUUUACACCCUUGUCACCUUUGUUGCUGUCCCCAACUUCAAGGGUCUGCAGACUCAGACCGUCGACGAGUAA